GCCCGCCACCUCUUCUCCUCCUCCUCCUCCGCCGCCGUCGCCGCCCGGGCUGCCCCGCCGGGCCCCGAACUCGCCCGCGCCUCGGCGCGCGGCCCCUCGGCCCCACCGCGCCGUUGGGACGGGACCGAUGUGGCGCAUGCGUGGUGGCGCCACCAGGUGCGGGAGCUGCGGCGGCGGGGACGGCAGCGGCGGGGACCGCCGUGGGCCAGGCCGCCCGGGCCGAGUUCGUGGGGGUGGCGGCAACAGCGGCGGCGUGGGGUGGCGAGGCCGUGCGGGCGGCGCCCGACAGCAGCUGGAGGAGCGGUUCGCCGACUUGGCUGCGAGCCACCUGGAGGCCAUCCGCGCGCGGGACGAACGGGACCGGCAGAACGCGCGGCUGCGCGAGGAGAACGCCCGGCUGCGGCUUGAGAAUCGCAGGCUGAAGCGCGAGAACCGCAGCCUCUUCCGUCAGGCUCUGCGGUUCCCAGGCGAGGGCGGCGACUGGGCGCCCGCGGAGGCGACCCCAGGCCCCGAAGAGGCCCGCACGAACCCGAGGGCCAGAGGCGGCGACCCUGAGGACGAGGCGGGGAGCCCCAGGGCCCUGAGGGCUCGGCUGGAGAAGCUCGAAGCCAUGUACCGCCGGGCCCUGCUGCAGCUGCACCUGGAGCAGCGAGGACCGCGCCCGCGCGCGGACAAGGAGGAGCCGCCUCUGCGGGACCCCGACCCGGAGCCCUCGGGGCCCUGGCUGUAGCCCGAGGCCGGCGCCGGGCGGAGGCGGGGCUUCGCGGGGCCCCUCCUCCUCCGCGCCCGCGGAGACUCUGGACGGCUGUGCGUUCCCGCCCCGCGUCCCUGCCCGCGGACACUUCCGGGCGGCGCCUGGUGCUGGCCGCGGCCGUGGAGCCGGCCAGCGCCAGUCCUCGGGCAGCUCCCCCGCCCCGUGAACACAGCACCUGUCCUGGCCGCCGCCGGUUUCUGUGGAGGGAAGCCUGGCCACGCUGGGGCUGGUUUGGGUUGAGCGAGAACUGGGUGCCAGUGAGCACCUCGCAACUCCUGCUUUGAGGUGGCGUAAGGGCCUGUUGUGUUUUCUCCCCAGUUUUGGUGUUUUGAGUGGAAUGAGUUUGUGGUUUAUACUUCAAACUCCUAAAACCUCCAGCUGUUGCCUCUUAAUGUGGCCAACAUUUUGAGUAUUUGCCUUUCUAAGUCGGUAUUACUUGGCUAUCCUAUAAAAUACCACCUUUUUAUAAAAAAAAAAAAGAUGAUAGCUAUAAUUUAAGAGUUCGUGUCUGCCCCAUACUUCAGUCUGUAUAUAUCUAAUAUAUACUGCUUUGUUUAGCCCCGGAGAAUUUUUAAGGUAUCUGUCUAUAGGUGAUCCUUUGGAUUGUUAAAUAAAUAUUACAUUAGAAAUUAGCUAAAAGCCUCCCUUUUAUUCUA